CUUAUGGGAGACAAUAUGGACCUCGAGAGCUACUCGAGGCGAGUGUUCAUCGAUGUGGGCAACGGAAAAGGAAGCAGUGGAACGGAAUGGUUUAUUCAAAACUACCCAACAAGGAACCAGAAGUUUGAGAUGUACAAGAUUGAGACGGUGAACGAUGAGAUGAGCCUAGAAUCUGAGAAAAUGGGCAUGACGGAGUGGCUGAAAGAUAAUGUGAAGGAGGAUGAAUACGUGGUGAUGAAGGCGGAAGCGGAAGUGGUGGAAGAGAUGAUGAGGAGCAAGUCGAUCAAAAUGGUGGAUGAGCUUUUCUUGGAGUGCAA